CGUCAGCGCAAGAUGGCGGCGUCGGCAGCGGCGCUCUUCUGGCGCUUGCGGAGCGGGCUCCGGCCCGGCGCGCGGGGGUUGUGCGCGCGGCUGGCGACGCCGCCCCCCAGGGCCUCGGAGCAGGUUGCAGAAAUCGCAAGCCAUGGGGCCACCAAAGCCCAGGGGCCACAGCAGCAGUCAGGCUCAGAGGGUCCCAGCUAUGCCAAAAAAGUUGCACUCUGGCUUGCUGGUUUGCUUGGAGCUGGUGGGACUGUCAGCAUCGUCUAUAUUUUUGGAAACAAUCCUGUGGAUGAAACUGGUGCCAAGAUUCCUGAUGAAUUCGACAAUGAUCCUAUUUUGGUACAGCAGUUACGCCGGACAUACAAAUAUUUCAAAGAUUAUAGGCAGAUGAUCAUCGAGCCCACCAGUCCCUGCCUUCUCCCAGACCCUCUGCAAGAGCCCUACUAUCAGCCACCCUACACAUUAGUCCUGGAGCUCACCGGUGUCCUCCUGCACCCUGAGUGGUCGCUGGCCACAGGCUGGAGGUUUAAGAAGCGCCCAGGCAUCGAGACCUUAUUUCAGCAGCUCGCCCCUUUGUAUGAAAUUGUCAUCUUUACAUCAGAGACUGGCAUGACGGCAUUCCCACUCAUUGAUAGCGUGGAUCCCCAUGGCUUCAUCUCUUACCGCCUGUUCCGAGAUGCCACAAGAUACAUGGACGGACACCAUGUGAAGGACAUUUCGUGUCUGAAUCGGGACCCAGCCCGAGUAGUAGUGGUGGACUGCAAAAAAGAAGCCUUCCGCCUACAGCCGUACAACGGUGUCGCCCUGAGGCCCUGGGAUGGCAACUCUGAUGACCGGGUUUUGUUGGACCUGUCUGCCUUCCUCAAGACCAUUGCAUUGAACCAAGUGGAGGAUGUGAGGACUGUCCUGGAACACUAUGCCCUAGAGGAUGACCCGCUGGAGGCCUUCAAACAGCGGCAGAGUCGGCUGGAGCAGGAGGAGCAACAGCGCCUGGCUGAGCUGUCCAAGUCCAACAAGCAGAGCCUUUUUUUCGGCUCCCUCACCAGCCGUCUAUGGUCUCGUUCCAAGCAGCCCUGAUUGCUGGACCCCCUCCGACUCCGUGUCUGGGCCUAUGCCCCCGGCUUCCAGAGCAAGGCUUGGGUGACCUCAUGUCCAAUAAAGUGCAUCCCAGACGCCACAA